UGCUGAUCGUCUGGCGGGAAAGAGGCGAGUCGAGGGCACGGCAGCUGUGCACGGGAUGGCGAUUGUCAUGUGGGACUUAUUUGUCAUCGGGAUCUGCCUCCUCGGCGCCUCAGCCGUCACGGCUACCACGGCGGCAUCUGGCGCGUCCGAAGCCUUCGUGCCGUCACGCACACUGCCAGCCGCACCGCAGACAAGGCGUACGCACACAAAAAGCAGAAGGAAAGAGGUAGUGUGAUGUGAUGUGAUGCUUUUGAUUGUCUGUCCACUCUACUCAUGCAGGGUCCGUGCAGGUGCGUCGAGGCGACCUGCGGAUGGAGAACUUCUUCGGGCAGGUCGGCCUCGACCAGGCCGAGGUGGCUGGCGUGGCGUCGUCAGAGACCCUCCUCAGGAAGUAUCUCCGCGAAGAGAAGAAGGACAUCGUCCCUCCGUGAGCACACCACAGAUGCAGCCACGUAGCGAUGUCCCUCCGAAUGUUUGGUGGGUUGUGCUGUGCUGUGCUGUGCAGGACGGCAGCCGAGUUGCGUGACGAGUAUCCUCUGCUCGACCGGCUGCGUGACCUGAAACUCCUGUCGGCACUCGCUGAGGUAUGUGUGAUAUGUCUGCCACCAACACAUUCUCGUGCAAUCCAUCCAUGUGUAUGUGUGUGUGUGUGUUUGUGUGUGUGUUUUGUGCAGUCUGGGCUCUUGCGUGCUCUUGAGGAGAAGGGCCUCACGCUUUCACAAGUCGAAAAAGCGCUGCCCGUUGGUGAGUCACUGAGUCACUCAGUGAGUGACGCCUGCCCAUUCGAUGAUUUAAUCCGCUCGUGGCGAAAUGUGUGUAUGUGUGUCAGCCGAGCGGUUCGGUCUGCUGUCGCUGGCGGCCAACAACCUGCCCACGAUCAAGAACACCCUGCUGCCUCUGCUGGUCGAGCCAGCGCCAGCUCUGCUGCCCAUCGCCACGGCGGCCGUGAAGGCGCCGACCUCCCUCUACACGGCUGUCAUUCCACUCGCACUCACCGGAGCAGGUCAACCGACCGACACACUAAGCUGCCUGCACCAUGGAUGCUCAUGUGUGGGUGUGUGGUGUGUGUGCAGAGGUGGGGGUGCAUUUGGGGUUCAACAGCAUACCGCUGGAUGUGGUCGCCGCCCUGCCCCUGCUGGGCGGCGCUGCCGCGUCCUUCACAGUCGGCAGCUUCCUCGAAGCGCUAGGGAGCGGGAACGGCGGCACCACCACCACCACGACGAGUGCUUCCGUUGCUGCGCCCUCCCUGCCGUCGUUCCCUCGCGGCGCCCUGGCGGCCUCUGCAGGUGCAUUGCCACUCAGAGCAGGUAAGCCAGGCCCAUACGUACACCCACACACUCACCCACUCAUCCCCACAUGUGUGUGAGUGUUUGUGUGCCCGCGUGCAGCGCCCAAGGCGGCUCCCCGAGCGUCCCCUCCCCCUCCGCCACGGGCACCCCUCCGCCCGGCCGUGCCUGCAAAACAAAGGCCAGCGGGAGGACCGGCACCCAAACCGAAACCAGGUAUGACGCAACCGACACACACAUGCAACACACACACGUGUGUCAUUGGGACGUUCCAUUCUCUCUGUCUGUCUCUGUCCACCUUCAGUGGCGCGGCCCGUGGCGCCACCCCCCGCACCGAGGAAGACAGGGCCCAUCCCCACCCGGCCUCCGCCCGCAUCAGCGGCAGCAGCCAAGCGGACGGUCACCACCCCACCGAAGCAGCCCGCCAAGCCGGCAGCCACCACGAAGGCACAGCCCGCCGGCGUCAAGAGGAUCGUUGCGGCGCCUUCGUCCACCUCCAUCGGGGGGCAGCAGCUGAGGAAGGCCUAGAUGGACACACACAAGAGAGAGAGAGCUGGUGCAGGGACAGUCAUUCUGCCGAACGAAGCUUGAUAUCCGGCCAUAUAUCAAUUUUUUGGAUGGCUGGUGUGCGCUCAACGGUCUGCUUUUCGUGCUGCGUGAGUGGUGUAUUGUGGUCUGGUGUGGUGGGUGUGGUGUGUCGGGUAAGUUGGUCGGUCAUGUCUCGCUCUCAGUUUUGUCGCUGAAUAAAUGACUGUCCGUCUGUCUGUCUGUCUGUCUGUCCGUAAGGUAUUUUUCCAUGCUUGCAGGAUGGCAUGGAUCACAUGAGUCACGACACGACCGAUGCACGUCUCUCUGAAAUAUGGCCGCUCCA